AUGCAGUUCCUCUACGCCCUUCUCCCUCUCAUCUCCCUCGCAGCCGCAAACGGCCGAAUCCGCUUCACCUCCUUCGACCACCCUGGCUGCGCAGGUUUCGAGGAGACGUACGAUCUCAAUCCUGCACCGGUGAAGGGAAACUUCCCAGGAUGCCAUCUCACGCUUUACACCGGCCCCAACCAGUCGUCGCCCAAUGGCAGCCCUAUUAGAUUCGACACUGGUGCUGCGGUUUGCUGGUCGAAUGGGGGUGGGUUUGAGGAUUACCUUAGCUUCGGCUACUACUGCGAUUAG